AUGUUUCGCAAGAAAAAGAAGAAACGCCCUGAGAUCUCUGCUCCACAGAACUUUGAGCACCGUGUCCAUACUUCAUUUGACCCAAAGGAGGGGAAAUUUAUUGGCCUGCCUCCUCAAUGGCAGAACAUCCUGGACACCCUAAAACGGCCCAAACCAGUUGUAGACCCUUCGAGGAUCACUCGGGUUCAGCUUCAGCCUAUGAAGACGGUUGUGAGAGCCAGCACCUUUGAAGUGGAGGGGUAUAUCUCCGGUAUACUCAAUGACAUCCAGAAGCUCUCCCUCAUCAGCUCUAACACCCUGCGGGGGAAAAGCCCCACCAGCAGGAGAAGAGCCCAGUCACUGGGGCUUCUGGGAGAAGAUGGACCUGCUGACCUGUACCCACACUGCACUGAGCCGGACUGGGCAGACAAAUACGGGAACUACCUCAACUGCAACGGUGGGAACAAUUCAUCUAGAAGGCAAACCCUAUGGCCGGAUUAUAAACCCAUGUUGGAGGGCCAGGCCCACAGCAAUGGCCUUGUAAUGAAAGCCCAGUCCCUGGGCCCUUCGGAAUUCCAGGGUGCAAACAGCCGUUUCACCCCCAUCUCCUCAGGUUCUCAGCACCAGCAAUACAUCCCCAUUCCUGGGGUAAACAGAGAGAGUGCUGGAAGGAGAAGGAGCUCCGAAGAGCGCUAUCCUCAGCCUUGCCAGGGAAGCCAAGUGAACUCAAGACCUCCCGGGGAAGGCAGUCCUGGCUCCAAAUCGAGGGAAAACAGCUUGAAGCGGAGGCUGUUGCGAAGUGUGUUUCCUCUGGCUGGUGCCUCCAACAAGACAGGGAACAACCAACAGGUAAAGCCCAAUCCUUUCUUCAAGCCACCACAGCACUGGGGCUCACCACACAGUCCUGUAGCCAAAUCUCAGUCACUGCCCUCUGACCAGCCAGUGCCGGAUUGCGCUAGGAUUUCGGAAGCCAGCAACCCUCAGAAAUCCCCGGCAGCAGAGCAUGGCUCAGCUUUGCCCCAAGGCAGGCCUUCACCAGCCGGGUCUCCUCGGAACCGAAACACCCAGACCAGCUCCAGCAAUCUUCACCUCCCCUUGGACUCCAAAGCACAGCCAGCCCAUGAAGAUCCAGUAGUUGUAACACAUGAGCAGUUCAAGGCUGCACUGAGGAUGGUGGUGGACCAAGGCGACCCCAGGACAAUGCUGGAAAACUAUGUUAAGAUUGGGGAGGGCUCAACAGGAAUUGUUUGCAUCGCUCGCGAGAAGCAUUCUGGACGGCAGGUGGCAGUGAAGAUGAUGGACCUACGGAAGCAGCAGCGUCGUGAGCUCCUUUUUAAUGAGGUUGUGAUAAUGAGAGACUACCAACAUGACAAUGUGGUAGAGAUGUAUAAAAGCUACCUUGUAGGUGAUGAGCUCUGGGUGCUGAUGGAAUUUCUCCAGGGAGGAGCCCUCACGGAUAUUCUCUCCCAAAUCAGACUGAACGAAGAGCAAAUCGCUACUGUGUGUGAGUCAGUCCUGCAGGCACUUGCCUAUCUGCAUUCCCAAGGUGUGAUUCACAGAGACAUUAAGAGCGACUCCAUUCUCCUGACCCUUGAUGGAAGGGUGAAACUUUCUGACUUUGGCUUCUGUGCUCAAAUCAGUAAGGAUGUACCAAAGAGGAAGUCCUUAGUAGGGACCCCUUAUUGGAUGGCUCCAGAGGUUAUUUCAAGGUCUCCAUACACUACUGAGGUAGAUAUCUGGUCUUUGGGAAUCAUGGUGAUAGAAAUGGUAGAUGGAGAACCCCCUUAUUUCAGCGACUCUCCUGUCCAAGCAAUGAAGAGGCUCCGUGACAGCCCCCCUCCCAAAAUAAAGAAUUCUCAUAAGACCUCUCCAGUGUUGAGAGACUUCUUGGAACGGAUGUUAACACGAGACCCUUUAGAGCGAGCAACAGCACAAGAACUCCUGGAUCAUCCCUUUUUACUUCAGACUGGACUUCCAGAGUGCCUGGUGCCCCUUAUCCAGCGGUACAGGAAACGCACUUCCACCUGCUGA